UCUUCUCCUUCUUCUUCUCCUUCUGGAGAGAGAGAGAGAGAGAGAGAUCAUAGCAGAAUUAUUUUCCUGCAUUUUCUUCUCUCUCGUCCCGAAAACCCGACAAAGGACAUCUUUGCACACCCCCAACUCCGUCUGCAUUGCAAUUCUCCCACUCCACUCCUAUAUAUAUACACAGAGAUUCCAAACCAUACUUGCAUAUAUAGAUAUACUUACAUAAACGAUAAUAAGUUCAUUGUAUUCUAGACACGGUGUAUAUGAUGGCGGGUUAUCAGGUCCACAAUCGGCAGGGGAGAUAUGUCGGUGCUGCUUCUGCUUUUGGGAUGAUCCUCUUGAGUAUCUUUCAUAUGGGCUUCUAUGCUGCUUCUGCUUCAGUUGUUCCAGAGCCCACCUAUAGUUUCAUGCGCAAUGCCACGGAAGCUCCGGCGGUGUCCUAUUAUGACUACAUCAUAGUGGGAGGAGGCACUGCCGGCUGCCCAUUAGCAGCGACCCUCUCCCAAAACUACUCCGUCCUCCUCCUGGAACGAGGUGGCUCCCCCUACGGCAACCCCAACAUCACCAACUUGGCGGCAUUCGGAGCAGCAAUGUCCGACCUCUCUCUAUCGUCCCCCUCCCAGCGCUUCAUCUCUGAGGAUGGCGUUAUCAAUUCCCGUGCCCGGGUCUUGGGUGGUGCGAGCUGCUUGAAUGCCGGCUUCUAUACACGGGCCUCCCCAGAAUACGUGAGGGACGCGGGGUGGGACGGGAAUUUGGUUAACGAAUCGUACCAGUGGGGGGAGAGGAAGGUGGCAUUCGAGCCAACGGUCCGCCAAUGGCAGGCAGCUGUUAGGGAUGGGCUGAUGGAAGUCGGGGUACAGCCAUACAAUGGCUUCACCUAUGAUCACAUUUACGGGACUAAGAUCGGCGGGACCAUCUUUGAUGAGGCAGGGAACCGGCACACUGCGGCUGAUCUGCUUCAGUAUGCUAACCCGACAGGAAUCACCGUUCUUCUGUACGCAUCUGUGCAUAAGAUUUUGUUCGGGACUAGAGGAACCUCAAGGCCUGUAGUCCACGGGGUAACGUUCAGGGACUCGAGGGGGAUUAAGCACAGGGCGUAUGUGAGGCCGGGAGGAGCGAGCGAAGUGAUAGUGUCAGCAGGGGCGAUAGGGAGCCCGCAGCUGCUGAUGCUGAGCGGGGUGGGUCCUGCAGAUCAGCUGAGGGCCCAUAACAUAAGCGUGGUGCUGGACCAACCGCUGGUGGGGCAGGGCAUGUCGGACAAUCCAAUGAAUGCCAUCUUUGUGCCAUCACCGAGCCCGGUUGAGAUCUCCCUCAUCCAGGUCGUGGGCAUCACGCAGUUCGGCAGCUACAUUGAAGCCGCCAGCGGCGAGAAUUUUGCCGGGGGAUCCUCGGCUAGAGACUACGGCAUGUUCUCUCCCAAGAUUGGCCAACUGUCAACGGUGCCACCGAAACAAAGGACUCCGGAGGUCCUUGCAAAAGCCGUGGAAGCUAUGAGUGCCCUCGACGCAGCGGCCUUCCGGGGUGGCUUCAUACUAGAGAAGAUAAUGGGCCCGCUCUCCACAGGCCACCUUGAGCUCCGCACGCGUGAUGUGGACGACAACCCCUCGAUCACCUUCAACUACUUCAAGGACCCCGAAGACCUCCGGAGAUGCGUACAGGGGAUCUCUACGAUCGAAAGGGUGAUCGAGUCGAGGUCCUUUGUCAAUUUCACGUAUGAUUACUUCUCUAUGCAACAACUGCUCAAUAUGACCGUGAAUUCGCCGAUCAACCUGUUGCCCAAGCACCGGAAUUCCUCGACCUCGUUGGAGCAGUACUGCCGGGACUCGGUGAUGACCAUAUGGCAUUACCACGGAGGGUGCCAGGUCGGGAAGGUCGUGGACCGCGACUACAAGGUCCUCGGUGUAGAUGCUCUCAGGGUGAUUGAUGGGUCCACAUUUAAUUCCUCUCCAGGGACUAAUCCUCAAGCCACAGUCAUGAUGCUAGGCAGGUACAUGGGAGUUCAAAUAUUGAAUGAGAGACUUGCCAGGGAAGGUUCGGAUUGAUGAAAUUUUUCUUUUUUUCUAAAAUGCAUGUCCCAUGAACGUAGAGGGAACUUGAUGAAAUUGUAUAAGAGACAUAUAUAUACUAUAUUUUAAGUACAAAUUUUCGGCAUUACAUUAUUCAUGAUCAAAUGAAUGUCUUAGAAAAAUUUGCAGAAAA